AAUAGAGAAGAAAGAAAAAAAAGAGAAGAUCAAAUAAUAAAAGAAAAUAAGAAAAUAAAAAUAUUUAAAAAAAGAAAGAAAAUGGAUACCAAACUAGAAGCGCGUGGCCAGUUUCCGGCCUCGUUUCCGGACACAUUUAAAAACUUCUUUGCUAUGAUGAACGAAGACGAGGAUCAUAUGGGGCUAUUUGCCAAUCUCCUGGAGGAUAAGGUAAUUCCCCGCCAGAACAGCCCCGUGCCCGUCCAGCGUCAGCGCUACGGCGGCAGCAUGCGGAGCCACAGCGGGGGAGACAGCUCCGGCCGUCCUGGCCGCCACCACUACCAUCCUCCCCAACAGCAGCAGCAGCAGCAGCUGCCGCAAGGCCAACAACAGCACAACAUGUCGGUCUAUCAGUCGCGCAGCAGGAGUGGCAGUGGCGGCAGCAGCUCUGACUUGGUCUCCGCCAACAUAGGGAGUCGUCCCAACUCGCUGCGUCGCUCCCGGGCCUCCCUGAGCUUUAGCACCAAUGGCUUGAAUGCCGCCGGAAUGGGCCCGGAUCCGGGUCCUGGCAACGGAAGCGGUCUGGACCUAAGCCAGUGUCAAAAUACCAAUCAAAAUCAUGGCCAGAAAAUGAAAUCAGGCUCCAGCACGCAGCUCUGUAAGCACAUCAAGUACUGCUGCCUCCACCAGGAGCCACUCUCCCAACCCACGCAGCCCUCACAGGCCGAUCCCGGCCAGAAGCAUGUGACCCUUGUCUGUGACUGCGAGCGGCUGAGGGAGAAACAAAAGCGCAUGGGACCCGAUGGCGAGGACAAUUGCGGUGUGAUCAAGUUACAAGGCUAUGUCUAUGGCUAUGCUCCACCGCCGGCGUUGCCCAUAAAGCCGACGAAGCCAUCCAAAUCCAUCAAGAUCUUACCUUCAGCAUCGACCACCACGUCCAGCGACGAGCCGAGAUCCUCAUCGCCCAGCACCACGGCGGCGGCCAAGAACAAGAGCCUGCAGGAGCGGCAGGAGCGCACACAGGCCCGGCAUUCGGUCAUCCUGGAGAGGGCAUUUGAUUUCGAUGCCAGUUGCGACGAGAGCGACAGCCUCAGUCUGAGCAGCAGCACCCAGGGCCCAGUGCCGUCGCCAGCUCCACACCAGCUGGCCUACAAUGUGCUCAAGCCGAUCCUCAAGCAGCCGCAGAAGCAACAACAGCAGCAACCGCUGAAACAGCAGCAGCAACAGCAGCAACCGCUGCAGCAGAUACCUGCUCAUCCGAAGCAACAUCGCAUCCUGCCCACACCGCCCACACACAGCGGCCUUGGGGCAUACCACACCCGCGAGGCGGCCCUGCAGCGCGUCCAGCAGCAAAGCGGCUUUGGCAGUCGCGCCAACCUGACCGCCAUUCCGGCCACGUCCACGAACUACGGCCAAGGGCCCAGCACCUCGGCAGCGGCGGCGGCGGCAUACAAUGCCUAUAGCCAGGCCCUGGACCAGUCGCUGCAGCAACUGCAGCAGGUGCAGUUUGAAGCGCAGCAGCCACAGGUACAGUUCGAUUCACAGCAUGUCCAGUUUGAGCCACAGCAAGUGCAGUUCGAUGCCCACCAGCAGCAGGUCCAGUUCGAGAACCAUCAGCAGGGUUAUGGAGUGGAAGAGCAGCAGUUCCUGGAGCAGCAGCAGCACCAGCUCCACCACCAACAGCAGUUCCCGCCGGAGGAAUGGGAAUACAGCACGGACUCGAAUCCAACCACCGUGCCAACGCUCAGCACCUACAAUGAUUUUCUCAAUGCAGCUCAAAAUCCCACAGGCAGUCGACAGAGUCUCAAGGCCCAAAAGUCACCGAUUUUAAACAGACGACGGGCCUCUUCGAUAGCCGGAAACCUGUUGCAUUCGGAAUACAAUUAUGGGACUCGGAAUAGCAUAGGAGGAGUCCCUCUGGAUCCAGAGGAUUUUCAGCGCAUUUCGCAUAGCAGCAGCGCCAGGGAUCGCAUGUCCCUAGCUGGCGUCCUAACUUUUCAGCAAGCCAUUUCCGGAGCAGUGUCGCCGCAAUACGGUCCCAUUGGACUCGAUGCCGCCGAUAUUGGAGCUGGCGAAAGGGGAGGAGGAGGCGGCUUGGUUGGCGGGUUGGGAAACGGGAGUGGAGGCCUGCCGGGCGGUUCAGCCCACAAUCUCAGUGUCGGCGUUGGACUGGGAUUUCUGGGUGGCUCAAGCAGCACCUUGGCUGCUGUCGCCGAGGUGACUAGUGGCCCCGAUGCCACCUCCAGCGACUCGCUGUCCCCGGUCAUGGCAAUACCGGGACAAUGUAAUACCACCAAAUCCACACAAACGCAACUGCAGCAGCAGCAACAGCAGCAGCAGCAGCGGGAGCGCGGCGUGGGCGUUGGCGAGUCCUUCGGAGGAGGCAGUGCCUCCAACUCCAAUAUGGCCAGCCUGGCCACCGCCAAUGUUGUCGCAACAUCAUCAUCACAGCCAGGACGAACUCUGCUCGAACGCCAGCGCCUGAGAACAUCCAGCAUGCCAGCAGAGAGUCGAAGGCCCCGAUUGGCGGAUAUGCGCCGUUCCGCCAUCCAUACCGGUGAUCCUGACAUGGGCUACUAUCGUCUGCGUAGCUUCAGUAUAACCUCUCACGGAGUUUGUAAUUUGGGCGACUCCCUAAGGAGCCGCAGGUCACGUUCGAUCAAAUCCGUGACAUCCACGGGCACAUCCACCAGCGGCCUGGAUCGUCACAAUAGCAACGCAUCGCGAGCCUCUGGUGAAGUCGUGGACGGGGGGGAUCCCAUGAUGCUGGGCGAAAGGCCACCGGAUGGAGAUCCCAAUGUGCCCGCCUUCAAGAUUGCCAUGCUCGGCGCCUCUGGCGUGGGCAAGACCACCCUGACGUACCAGUUCACCACAUCCGAUUACAUAUGCGCCUACGACCUGAGUCUCGAUGAUGACUAUGGCCAAAAGAAAGUGUCGGUGCUGCUGGAUAACAUUGAGACGGAUUUGGAAAUUAUUGACCAUCCAGCGAGCGAGAUGUCGACGGAGGCCUUCUGCGCCACCUACAACAUCGAUCUGUUUGUGGUUGUCUACUCUGUGGUGGAUCGCAAGACCUUCAAGGAAGCGGAGCGCGUGCUGCAGUACCUCAAGGAGAACGAGAUGCUGCUCUCGCGCGGUGCCAUUCUGGUGGGGAACAAGACGGAUUUGGAGCGGCAUCGAGUGGUCAAUCAGUACAUGGGCCGCUAUGUGGCCACCCAGAUAGCCUGCAAGUUCAUCGAGACAUCCUCUGGGCUGCACCACAAUGUGGACGAGCUGCUGGUGGGCAUUGUGGCCCAGGUGAAGCUCAAUCCCCAGCGCCUUCGCCGGCUCACGGAGAAGGAGCUCUACGAGCUGCUAAAUCUCCAGAGCGCCAUUCAGAAGCAUAGCGGUAUGCAUUUGCAUGCGCGACGCAUGGUCCGGCAGAUGAGCAUCUACCAGGGCGACGAGGAGGAAGAGGACGACGACGACCAGGAGGAGGAUGAGAAGCAGGAGGAGAACAUAUGACAGGAGGAGGAAGGUGUUGGUGUCGGUGGCAGGAAGACCCGCGUGGAGAAUCCCAAUCGCAAGCCCUUGAAUCUGGAGAGCAUCCUCAAGAUGGGCGAAAGUGAGAUCGAAGACGGCGACGUCUUGGAGACCUCACACCACCAUCAUCAUAAUCAUCAUCAGCAGCAGCAGCAGCUCAGCAAGUUCGAGUUGCUGACCGCCAACGGUGAGUUCCAUCGCCACCGAAUGCCACGCCGACAGGCAUUCGGCAAGAGACGCUCCUUCGACGGUGCCACCUUUACGUCCACGGCAGCGGCCGCAAUGGCCGAGCUGCAGCGGCGCCACGAACUCCGCGCCCUGGACGACUCCCAGAUCCCAGACGAGGAGGAGAGGCUGCGGCACAGGAACCGAGACAGAGAUGGCCGGAAUGCCAGCGAGGAUGAUGAGGAGGAGGCUGCUGCUGGAGGCACAGAUCCGGGGACACCGCGCAGCUCCUGCAACCGGAAGGUUGUCAAGAAGCUAACCGCCCGCACCAAGGUCUUCAUCUCGUCGGUGCUGCGCUUCAAGAAGUCCAUCAAUCUGAGGCGUCGCAACUCCUCCAGCUGCAGCGAUCUCUUUGUGAUCUAAAGCUGGCGGGGAUCACGGCGAGGGGCGAGGCAUAGACUGACUGUACAUAGAGGGGAAUCAAGGAGGGGGGAGUAGCAUAGAAUCAGGGUAAGUCUAGAGGAAGUAAGGGAUAAGGAUCGAUCGGGAUGAGCACAGUGCUUGGCGAGGGUUAGAGCUCGGGAUCCACAAGAAACUACAGGGAGUCGUCACCAGUUUUAGUCAGAAAUAAAAAUAUUUUCCAGAGCACCAGCUUUUGGACACUUCCCAGAGCUCCGAGAAGAGUUCCGGGGAGAACGUAACAUUCUUCGAGAUUUUAUUGAAGCUGCGAAUGCCGACAAUAAUUUUCGGUCCAAAAGCAUAAUUGUUCAGCAGCCUUUUUAAGCAAAAACAAAUCGGGGAAAAAACUAAAAAUAACCAAAACAAAUGAUUUUAAAAUCAAAUUUUGCAAAAUAAAAUUAAAAUAACUAAGCAGCAAGCAAGAAGGCAAAAAGAAAGAAUGUAAACCAAGAGGAAAUAGAUCACUAACAGGACAUGCAACAAUUCGGCAAUUUCUUUUGA